UUACAAGUGAGGAGUAGAGGAGAUAUUUCUCCAUUAAUGGAAUUUGGGUUCCAAGGAGAAAACUAGGGCUAGGGUUUCACAUUAAUCUUUGGAACAAUUACACAAACACACUGAGUGAGUUCAUAAAGGUGUCCAACCUUUAGAACAAAUUGGAGGCGCAAAAUAAAAUCUCAAUCUUUGGAACCAAUUAGAGAAAUUGAGAGUUCAUAAACAAUCAGAGAUCAGAAAUCGAUGUCUUCUCAGAAGAGGAAAUUAGAUGAGAUUUACUCAUCAGAAGAAGAAGAAGAUUCAGACAUAAGUGAAAGUGAGAUGGAAGAUUGUGAAUACUGAGAGAGGAUCCUAUGGAGGAGGAGGCAGAAGAGGGGAAGAAUGUGGUGGAUGUUGUUCGUUCAUCUACUGUGGUGGUGGUGGUGGAGGAGAAAUUUGUGUACCCAUGGAAAGGGGUUGUUGUGAAUACUGAGAGAGAGUUUAAAAAUGGGAGAUAUAUCGCGCCGAGUGGAAACCGGAUUAAAGAGCAAUUGGUUAAGUUUAAUCCUGUCAGGGUACACAGUUUGUGGGGUGCUCAGAGGAGUACUGGUAAGGCGAUUGUCGAGUGAUUGGUCAGGUUUUCGCAGUGCAAUGUCUUUCGAGAAUGAAUUUAAUAGCACUGGACAUGGGAAGACACAUUUUGGUUUGGAUGGAUGUGGGGUUGGAGGUAUGUACGGAUGGGUUGCGAGAGAAGAUGAUUAUAAAUUUGAUGGCGUUGUUGGGAAUUUCUUGUCUAGGAAUGGAGAUUUGAAGACAAUUAAGGACAUUGAAGAUGAAGAUUUGAGGAAGAACAAACAACUGGUAACAAAUUUGGUGCAUUUGGUUGAUGAGAAGAAUAAGAACUUGGAACAAGUUCAGCUUCAAUACAAUGAGACAAGCUACUCUCUCAGGAACUUGGCGUCUCAACAUGAUAAGCUAAAUAAAAAAUACAAUGAAGAGACAUUAAAGAUGCAACAAGAUCAGAAGGAUCGUUUGGAGAAGAUGUCAAAUGAGCGUGAAGAACUCAAAUCGAAAAUGGAAUCUCAAAAGGAAGAGCUAAAGUUGCAGAUAGAAGAGCUGGAGAAAUUUAAGGCACAAAGCGAAAGUGAUAGAGAGAAACUUGUUGAAGAGAAACAAAAGAAGCGAUGAGAAACAGUAAACUCGAAAUGGCAGAACUGGAGCAAAGUAAAUCAGACAAUAAUAUAUUGAGGAUUGCAGAAGAACAAAAGAGAGUGAAGGAAGCUCGUCUUAGAAAAAGAAUUGAAGAAGAAAAGAAAUCGGAUGCCAAAGAUAAACUGGAAUUAGAGGUUGAACUGUUGACAGGGAGAUUGAAAACCUUGACGCACAUGUCAGGUGAUGACGCAGAUUUAGAGUUGGCGAAGAAGGUUGAGGAUUUGACCAUAGAUUUGAAAGACAAGAAAGAAGAACUAGAAGACCUUGAGGCCAUGAACCAGACUCUUAUAGUCAAGGAACGGCAAAGCAACGACGAGCUUCAGGAAGAUCGAAAAGAACUAAUCAAUGUGAGUUCUACUUAAAGAAACAAGCGAUCGUGCUAUCAUCCGAGUUAAGAGAAUGGGGGAACUUGAUCCUAACCCUCUCCAUGACGCGUGCAAGAGGAAGAAAUGAAGCAGAAGUCAAGGCUUCUUUACUUUGCACUUAUUGGCAAGAUGAGAUUAAAUAUUCGAAUUGGUUUCCUUUUGUAAAUGUCCAAGUUGGGGAAAAUAAAUACAAGACGGAAAUAAAUGAGAAGCUGAGUCGUCUAAGGAAUGAAAUGGGUGAAGAGGUAUUCAAAGAUGUGAAAACUGCGUUGUUGGAGCUGAACGAAUACAAUGGUAGUGGGAGGUACAUAGUCCCAGAACUGUGGAACUUCAAAGACGGAAUAAGGGCCACAGUGAAUCCAAAGAUUAACCAAAUCAAAGAAGAAGAAGUGAACUACAAGAAUAUAUUUGCAUUGAGAACAACUCUAGCUUAGUGGUGCCAUGAAUUCUUUUGUUGACUUUGGUUGGUUUCUUAUAGUAUAAUUUUACAA